GCCGAAUACACCAAGCAAUGGUAACAUCUUUAAAUGAAGAUAAUGAAAGUGUAACUGUUGAAUGGAUAGAAAAUGGUGACACAAAAGGCAAAGAGAUUGAUCUGGAGAGCAUCUUUUCACUUAACCCUGACCUUGUACCUGAUGAAGAAAUUGAACCCAGUCCAGAAAUACCUCCACCUUCAACAUCUUCAGCCAAAGUAAACAAAAUUGUGAAGAAUCGAAGAACUGUGGCAUCUAUUAAGAAUGACCCUCCUCCAAGAGAUAAUAGAGUGGUUGGUUCUGCACGUGCACGGCCUAGUCAACUUCCUGAACAGUCUUCCUCUGCACAACAGAAUGGUAGUGUUUCAGAUAUAUCUCCAGUUCAAGCUGCAAAAAAGGAAUUUGGACCUCCUUCUCACCUUUUUCUUUCAGCACGUAGAAAAUCUAAUUGUGUGAAAGAAGUGGAAAAACUACAAGAAAAACGAGAAAAAAGGAGAUUGCAACAGCAAGAACUCAGAGAAAAAAGAGCUCAGGAUGUUGAUGCUACAAAUCCAAAUUAUGAAAUUAUGUGUAUGAUCAGAGACUUUAGAGGAAGUUUGGAUUAUAGACCACUAACAACAGCAGAUCCUAUUGAUGAACAUAGAAUAUGUGUUUGUGUAAGAAAACGACCACUCAAUAAAAAAGAAACUCAAAUGAAAGAUCUUGAUGUAAUCACAAUCCCCAGUAAAGAUGUUGUGAUGGUACAUGAACCUAAACAAAAAGUAGAUUUAACAAGGUACCUAGAAAACCAAACAUUUCGUUUUGAUUAUGCCUUUGAUGACUCAGCUCCUAAUGAAAUGGUUUACAGGUUUACUGCUAGACCACUAGUAGAAACUAUAUUUGAAAGGGGAAUGGCUACAUGCUUUGCUUACGGGCAGACUGGAAGUGGAAAAACUCAUACUAUGGGUGGUGACUUUUCAGGAAAGAACCAAGAUUGUUCUAAAGGAAUUUAUGCAUUAGCAGCUCGAGAUGUCUUUUUAAUGCUAAAGAAGCCAAACUAUAAGAAACUAGAACUUCAAGUAUAUGCAACCUUUUUUGAAAUUUAUAGUGGAAAGGUAUUUGACUUGCUAAAUAGGAAAACAAAAUUAAGAGUUCUAGAAGAUGGAAAACAGCAAGUUCAAGUGGUGGGCCUACAGGAACGGGAGGUUAAAUGUGUUGAAGAUGUACUGAAACUCAUUGAUAUAGGCAACAGUUGCAGAACAUCUGGUCAAACAUCUGCAAAUGCACAUUCAUCUCGGAGCCAUGCAGUGUUUCAGAUUAUACUUCGAAGAAAAGGAAAACUACAUGGCAAGUUUUCUCUCAUCGAUUUGGCUGGAAAUGAAAGAGGAGCUGAUACUUCCAGUGCAGACAGGCAAACUAGGCUUGAAGGUGCUGAAAUUAAUAAAAGCCUUUUAGCACUCAAGGAGUGCAUCAGAGCCUUAGGUAGAAACAAACCUCAUACUCCUUUCCGAGCAAGUAAACUCACUCAGGUGUUAAGAGAUUCAUUCAUAGGUGAAAACUCUCGUACCUGCAUGAUUGCCACGAUAUCUCCAGGAAUGGCAUCCUGUGAAAAUACUCUUAAUACAUUAAGAUAUGCAAAUAGAGUAAAGGAGUUUGGAAUUAGUCCAUCAGACAUUCCCUUCUCACAGGGUAGUGGCAGUCGCCCUGAUCUCUCUCCUUCUUAUGAGUAUGACGACUUUUCUCCUUCGAUUACCAGGGUGAAAGAACUGACUGUUGAUCCAACUGCGGCUGGUGAUGUCCGUCCAAUAAUGCACCAUCCACCAAACCAAAUUGAUGACUUAGAGACACAGUGGGGUGUGGGAAGUUCCCCUCAGAGAGAUGAUCUAAAACUUCUUUGUGAACAAAAUGAAGAAGAGGUUUCUCCACAAUUGUUUACUUUCCAUGAAGCUGUCUCACAAAUGGUAGAAAUGGAAGAACAGGUUGUAGAAGAUCACAGGGCAGUGUUCCAGGAAUCUAUUCGAUGGUUAGAAGAUGAAAAGGCUCUCCUAGAGAUGACUGAAGAAGUAGACUAUGAUGUAGAUUCAUAUGCUACACAACUUGAAGCGAUACUUGAGCAAAAAAUAGACAUUUUAACUGAGCUGCGGGAUAAAGUGAAAUCUUUCCGAGCAGCUCUACAAGAAGAAGAACAAGCCAGCAAGCAAAUUAACCCCAAGAGACCCCGUGCCCUUUAAAUUGGUAUUCGCUGCUGAAGGAUCCCUAGAACCCUCACUACUUACUGUAACAUAAAAUGGUUCAGCUGUAAGGGCCAUUCGAAAGUUUGAAAUUUUAAGUGUCUGUGGAAAAUGUCUUGUCCUUCACCCGAAUGACAUUUCAAUUUUGUGAAACACUCAAAAGUCUACAAAAUGCUUCUAGUCCAGGAGGUACAACGAAGAGUUGGAAUUAGUGAAGCAUUUUGUUUCAUUUACCCAAAUAGCAAUUUACUUUUGGAGAUCCUUGCCAAUUUUAUUUUCUAUGUGAUGAAGUAAGAUUGUGGACUUGAUCCAGAGGUGAAUUGUAGGGAGAAGCCACAGCAUUUCCUGUUAACUCAGUUCAAUUUUCAUAGCGAGAUUGAGCAGUUUUAAAUCCUUUGCGUGCAUGCAUACCUCAUCAGUGAUUGUACAUACCUUGCCUACUUUUAGAGAGCUGUGCUCACCUAUUCCUGCUCUGUGCCUUGAUUAAGGCUAUCGACCCUAAAUUUCUUAAGCACAGCCAUGAUAAAUUACAUUCCUUAUUUGUCAUUGUAAAUUACCUUUAUUGUGUGUACAUUUCUACUGUGUUUGAGACAUUUUUUUGUGUGACUAGUUAAUUUUGCAGGAUGUGCCAUAUCAUUGAACGGAACUAAAGUCUGUGACAGUGGACAUAGCUGCUGGACCAUUCCAUCCUAUAUGUAAAGAAAUCUGGAAUUAUGACUUUAAAACCAUAACGUGAUUUUAAUUUUCUUAGCAUUUUCUUUGUAAAAAAAAACAAACUAAAAUAUAAACUAGUUGGUGUAUAAUAAAAAGUAAUGAAAUUCUGAGAAGAGUUUUAUCUUAGGAUGAUAAAUAUAUAUGCAGUGUGUGUGCCAGUGUGGUAUUAACAAGAGUAAUAGUGCAAUUUGAUCAUUUCCAGUCCCAUUUCUUAAGUUGAAGUGUUCAUUAGCACCCCAAAAUAUGCCUUUAAAUGUACUGUUAAAGGAAAUUGGCUUCUGAUGCAUGAACGGUUAUACGUACAUUGAAAGUAGUUCAUAAUAGUAGUUAGUUUAAGCCAAGUGUAGACAGUAACUCCCUUGAAAAAUAAUUAAGCUGAGAGAGUUGACAUUGCCUUAAAAGGCAGAUCUAACCGAAGUUCCAACCUGUACUUAAUAUGUGAUGUUUCACCAUUAUUUGGUAGGAAUAGUGAAAUUCUCACCAACAGCUUGGUGGUAAGGUAUGCUACUCUUUAAAUGGCAGCAGUUAUUUUUGCAGAUUGGUACUCUAAGAAAGAAAACUGGCCUUUUUUUCCAUGUAAAUAAUUUGUCAGAAAUUUCUCUCUCGGAGUUUUCCCUGUGUUCCCAGGAUAGAGUCCAGGAGUAGAUGAAUAACAAAAUCUAUGAAGGACAUCUUAUUGUGAUUUACUCUAGGGAACAAGUAGCUCAUCCAUGAGCCAAAGGGAAGCUAUGACAGAGAGUCAUGAGCCAGAUUCUCUACUUCACUGUCUAUAAUACUCUGAGGGUAGCUGUGAGAAAUUCUAAUACCAUGGUGAAAAGCUCUGUAAACAUGAAAUCUAAAACAAAUGUAGAUUUUUCAUAAUAUGCCUAUUAAUAAAUGAAAUCUAUGGUAUGAGUUUAGAGAUAAUUUACUUCAAUACAAUGACCUUUGUUUUGGAAGGAACUCAGGUUUUCUUGCAUUUGUUAAGAUGUAUUCUAUUUCUGUUUAUUUCAAAGAAGAAUGGAGAAGUGGUAACUGUUGACACUGCAGGGACUAAAUAAAAAAGGCAGUUUUUGGGACUAAUCUACAAAGGGCAAUGAAGACAUAAGGUUGACCAGUGUAAGCAAAACAGAUUAGCUUUGAUAUUAUUUGCAUUGGAUGGAUACCAUUCUUUGGAGGGUCUUUUUAGAGAUAAUUCUGCUGCCUUAUACUAUGAUAGCUUCAUUCUCGGUGGUAGUCAAGGUUUCUCAAAAAUUUAGUACCAGCAAAGAACUUGGGAGGUGAGAACUGAAAAACAGAAAAGGGAUUAAAACUAAGCAGUUUAUAAGGCUAGAGGGAAACAACCUAAGAAAGCUGAAUUCAAUCUUAGGACAAAAGUGAACUUUGGAAAGUAAAUGGUUUGUGAGAUUAAAAAAAAAAAAAAUCUACCCUUAAGUAGAUUUUUAAUAUUCAUGUAGUAAAACUGGAUUGUAUAACUAAGUAACUUCAUUUUUUUGUUCUGAAUUUAACACUUUUUAGUAUUUUCUCAGACUUGAAAGCUGAUAUAUAAAUAUUAUUUUAACUAGUAACAUUUACUAUAUGACUUUGAAGCCAGACUUAAAUAUCUUCCCUUCUAGGUUUACUCAGUGUACCUUUGCAAAUUAAUUGGAAUCACUCCUAUUAAGUUUUAGUUAUACAAAAAGCAAAAUAUCAAUGAAGGUAUUUUUAUUAAUUUCUUAAUUCAUUAAAAUAUAUUUAACACUAUAUUGAUUUGAACUGAGUAGCUAAUAAAACUUGUAUAUGACUCUA